CUCAUUGCAUUACCACAAAGUUUUAGAUCUUUUUUCUUGCUCUGCAAUCCUCGUGAAUCCUUUGAUAUCAUCUACAUCCAACAAAUGGGCAGAACUUUCUUCGUCGGCGGCAACUGGAAAUGUAAUGGAACCAGUGAAGAGGUCAAGAAGAUAGUGUCAACACUCAAUGCCGGUCAAGUGCCAUCACAAGAUGUUGUUGAGGUUGUUGUGAGCCCUCCAUUUGUAUUUCUUCCUCUGGUCAAGAGUGAACUGCGACCUGAUUUUCAUGUUGCUGCCCAGAAUUGUUGGGUUAAGAAAGGGGGUGCUUUCACCGGUGAGGUUAGUGCUGAGAUGCUUGUUAAUCUGAGUAUUCCUUGGGUCAUUUUGGGUCACUCUGAAAGGAGGGCUAUUUUAGGUGAAUCAGAUGAGUUUGUUGGAGACAAGGUAGCAUAUGCCAUUUCUCAAGGUUUGAAGGUUAUUGCAUGUGUUGGGGAGACUCUUGAGCAAAGAGAAUCAGGAUCUACCAUUGAUGUUGUUGCAGCACAAACAAAGGCUAUUGCAGACCGAGUAAAAGAUUGGACAAAAGUGGUUAUAGCUUAUGAGCCUGUUUGGGCUAUUGGAACCGGAAAGGUCGCAUCCCCUGCACAAGCCCAGGAAGUGCACGCUGAAUUGAGGAAAUGGCUUCAAGUGAAUGUUAGUGCUGAAGUGGCUGCUUCAACCAGGAUCAUCUAUGGAGGAUCUGUAAACGGUGCAAACUGCAAGGAGUUGGCUGGACAGCCUGAUAUUGACGGUUUUCUUGUAGGUGGAGCUUCUCUGAAGCCGGAAUUCAUUGACAUCAUCAAGUCAGCUGAGGUGAAGAAAAAUGCUUGAACUCUGACCGCGAGUUGAAUUUUGCAGUUUCUGCUUUAGUCCAUGUUCUAACAUUUAUGGCAUGCAGUAGGCUUGUUUCAAGUCAAUGUUUUGUGUACUUCUUGUUGCAGCUCGAAAUUCACAUCACAUGUACAAUAAAAAUGACAUACAUUGCACUGCCCUCUACAUUUGUUGGCUGUGACAAAAUUGUUUUAUAAUAAUCUUAGAAAUUAGAGUUUGCCUAUUAUCAUGCCUGAGGGAAUGUUUCUGGAAAUACUGCUCGCUGUGUUUAA